AUGGGCGAAGUCGGGAAACUGUUGAAACCGCUGCCCCACUUCAUGAACCAAUACCGGAGAUCAGGGAAGAACCUCUGUGUGGUGACAAAGACGGUGGAGCUGCUCAACAGCCCUGUGCUGCGAGACAUCAGCAGUGGGGGUGUUUCUGGAGGUGUCUCCUCCCUUUGGAAUUCUAUCAAGGGUGAAGGAAAAGGCAAGUACCAAAAGCAGAGUGAGCUGGUGCUGAGUCUACAGAAGGGCAUGGUGAUGGCCUACAAGAAGAAGCUGCUGCAGUUUGAGGAGGAUGGUUGGGAUGUUCUUGAUGACUCAGAUGGUAAACUGAAAACCUUUCCAGAAGAUUUUGAGUGCAUGAAAGAAGAGAUUUCCCGCAGAGUGGAGAUGGUGGAUUUGCUGUCAAGGAACAUUCAGGGCAUCAUAUUUGUUAAUAUCCAAGCUAUGCUGGGGGACCGACAGGCUCUGGAGGCCCUCAUGGACACGCUUGACCAGGUGAAGCCCUUGGGUCAUAUGAGUGGUCCUGGUGCCACCAUCCUGGAUGAGCUGGGAACGAUCCCAGGGUGCCCACAUGUUGACGCAGUGUACCUCAUCUUUUACCUGCUUGAAGCCGUAAUGGUGCUGAGUGACACCCAACAUGCUCUGCUGGCCCAGUCCAUGGAGAGGAUGAUCCUGCUCCAUCAGCGGGAGCUGGUACGGAGCAUCCUGGAGCCCAACUUCAAGUACCCCUGGUGGAUUCCCUUCACCCUUGACCCCCAACUCCUUGCCCUCCUGCAAGAUGAGGGUGUGGCCAUCACCUAUGGGCUGCUGCAGGAGUGUGGGCUGAGGAUGGAGCUGAAUAACCCCAGGUCCACCUGGGAUCUGGAAGCCAAGGAGCCCCUGUCUGCCCUGUAUGCGUCCCUGUGUCUGCUGCAGCAGCUGACAGAGGCCUGA